ACCACCUCCCCUCCCUCCCCCUCCCUGUUCCUCAGCCGCUCCCCCGUGCCUCCUGCUUGGGGCACAAAGUGAACUCCUCGGUAGAGUGACUGUUGGGCCAGCCUGGGGGAGAGCCCUAGCUAUGAAGGGCCAGUUGGUGGGUCUUUGGACAGGGAGGACCCCUUCCCUGCUGCAGGUGCGGGGUGCCCUGCAAAGUUCGGCGGCGGCGGAUGGAGGCGGGUCUGCGCCCAGCCUGGGGCCGGGAAGCUCCAACCCCUGGAGAGGGAGGAGCUGCUGCCCUGGUGGGGCAGGUGGGGGGAGCCUGGGCCCAGGUGUGUCCGGGGCUCUGGGAAGUGAUUGCUCCCUGGCGGACGCAGGCAAAUUAAAGCAGUCUUGGCCCCAGGAUACCGCUCUGGGAAGCCGCGUUCGUCUCCCAAAGGAUCCGUCGGUUCUUCGGAGGAAGGCCAUGGAAGGGGAAGGGUUAAGAAACUUCAAGGAACUUCGAGCCAAAUUUCAAAAGUUUGAUGUGCCCUCUCUUCCAAGACCUAGAUUCCCAGCAAGAAUUUGUCAAAAGAGCGAUAUUGGAAACACACAGUCAACAGGUGUUUUGGCCGAUGAGAAACCCCUCUCCUCCAACCACGGUCAGCUCCCACUGUAUUGUUCUAGCAGCGAACCCCAGCCUCUUCAACCCCAGGAAACGAAGUCCUCGCAGAGGAGCAAGAUUCAGAGAUGUUCUGAUUCCUCAGAACCUCCAGAAGGGUCUACUGAUUCUGCAGUAAAGUCACAGAAGACGUCUCUGCUGUUAGACGUGAAUCAGUCAAAUGCUGACAUAACCCAUGAGAGGAAUGUCAUGGUGACUGACAGCUUCAAAGACAAGCUCUGGAAUUGGGAGAAGGUUUCAUCUCAGAAAAGUGGGAUGUCUUCAGCCUUUUUCCUUGCCAGUCGUGGAAGAAGGGCCUUCCAUCUGGAGGAGGAGAAAAGCAUAGGGCUUGCUCCAGAGGAGCCCAGGGGGAAGCUAAAAACAGGAGGAGCCCAGACCCUUCCUUCCCAGAAGCACUUGAUGACCCCCCAAAAUUCACUUGCCUCCUUUCAAGAUCCUACUUCUCUACUUUUUCAAUAUGGCAGGAAGAGCCUAGAAAGUCCCUAUCCUGAGAGGAGCCCCGUGGGGAACACCUGCCAGCCUGUCUAUGAGAGUGAACUUGCCAUCCAGGUCCCCGAGAAACAGCCAGAUGACAGGCAUCACCAACUUCUCAAAACAAAGCCACUGCCUUCCAUCAAGUCCCUGGGUCCUCCUCCCCCAAAGCCUCCGAAGCCCCCAGCCAUGAACCUCCAGGCCUUCCAGAGGCAGGCAGCUGUAAUUGCUAAGACCCACAUGGAAGCAGCUGUGGAAGAGGGCCGCCUGCCUCCAGAGAGUGCUGAAUUUGAAGAACCACGUAAUUAUGAGGCGACAAUUUCAUAUCUGAAACACUCUGGCAACUCCAUUAACCUGUGCACCGCAAAAGAAAUUGCUGAUUCAACUUACGAAGUCGAAAUUGAAGAACUGCGAAAGCCUUGGAAGAGUGGUCUCCGCGGAGAAUUGAGCCCUACACAUGAAGAUGAAGGUAAAAAAGAGAAGGAAAAGGAGCUGUGUGAAUUGGAACCUCGAAAACCAGAAAGGGAUCUACAUUCAAGCCGUCUUUUCGAGGGAGCUGCCUCUGGAGGGAUGCUGGGAAGAAACAAGGUGAUGAAGGUCCACGGAGGCAGCAGGAGCCCGCUGCCCGGGAAACAGGACACUGGGAGCAUCAUCGCUGUCCAGACAAAGCCCCGCCCCCAUGACCCAAAGCUGGCCAGACACUCCUUAAGCCACGGUGGGUAUGUGGAGGCCUUGGAGGUCACUCAAGAAAUGCCAGGCCAGGGGGCCUGGAAGCCUCGCUCCAUCUCAGAGGAGACAUACGACGAUGUUGAGUGCCCCAGCAGAGGGAGGACAAGGUCAGAUUUCUCUAGCUCAUUUGCUUCAGAUGAUGUUCUUUUAAUUCCAGAAGAAAAUAGUGAAGAAGUGUAUGAAGAGGUCUACAAAACAAAAGGCAACUACCCAAAAAUAGACUUAGACGGAAAAGAAGCACUUAAAAGACUGCAGAAAUUCUUGAAGAAAGAAAAGAACAGAUUUAAAAUGAAGAAAAACAAGUUGAAAGAAAAUGUAAGUGCAUUUUCCAUUUCGCUGCCUGAUUUAGAACUUAGGUCUCAGGAAGUUAUUAUCUAUGAUAACGUCGAUAUAAAUGAAAAAGAAUACAGAAAUGAAGAUAAACUAAAAACUUGGAAGCCCAAGUUUUUGAUGGCAAAGGAAAAGAAAGAGAAAAAAGGUGUUGAAGAAUCUGAAAGUAUGAUAAAGAGAUUACUGUCAUCAACACAGCAGUGGCAUGUUCCAGGAAUUCAAGAAAUGGAAUGUUUGAUUUGCCAAUAACCCCUGGAGAAGAACUGCAAGUCAUUGACACCACUGAAGAAAAUCUAGUGAUUUGUCGCAAUUCUAAAGGCAAAUGUAAGUUACUGGCUUAUCACCCAUAAAAUUUCAGUCACUGUUUAAGAAAAAUCUGAAAGCAUUCUAUACCUUUGAGACUAGUAAUAGUGAUUUUUGUUUCUAUAGAUGGAUAUGUACUACUUGAACAUCUAGAUUUCAAGUAAGUGGUUUGAUUUUAUACUACAAAUCAUGAAUCCUAAAUAUAAGACACUGUUGUGUGUCAGUCUCAAGGAAAGACUACCCAAUUUAUUUAAAUUCCGGAAAAGUUGUAAGGAUUACUUUGGUAUUUUUAUGCUCUGUAUAGAAGUCUGGUAACAGGAAAUGCAAUAGUCUCUUGCAAACUGGGUAAGAAAUCUACCACUCACUACUCCACGGGCCUCUACCUUUCUGUUUUCUCAGGCAUCAAGGUUGGUCGCCUUAGGAAGAUGAAGCUCCAGGGGCAGGGGCUCCACUAGGAAGGACUAAUCUGAGACCUUAGUUCUGCCUCACCUGUUCCAGUUCAUAGGUCAAUUGGGAUGGUGGGAUCUGUGGAACUGGAGAAGAGAAAAACAAAUCCUCCAUAUUUAGAUGUUGGUUUUACUCCUAAAUGGUUAUCUUUCAAUGUCUAUUUCAGUAUCUAUUUCACUGCUGGCUCAAGAGAAUGUGAAACUGUGUGUGUUAGCAUUUGAGCACUUAUUUAAUGAGCCAUAGCCAAAGUUAGAAAUCAUGCCUUAUGGCACCUAGGCAGUUGUGCAGAUGGUUAGUUUGCUUCUAAUAUUAGUAUACGAGUGUUUAUAAUUUCUAGAAGAUGUUGUGCAUUUAAAUUGCAUGUAAUUUAAUUCUGAAAAAUAAAUAAUGUAACCAAGGUCUUUUAAA